AGUACAUUCUUUUGCUGCCUUUUCGCACACACAUAAUUCUACAACAAAAGGCAGGCAGCGAGCAUAAAGGGAAAAAAAAAAAAAAAAAACUUUAAAAUUAACACGGAAUAUACGGAAGUUUUUCUGUCAGUUCUAAAAAUCCUAGCGCCGCAGCCACACCCCCUGCAGCCGCCUGUAGCCCGACGUGUCGAAGUGGACACCGGAUCAACAACGUUGCAGUUAAAGCCAGAGCGCUAUGGUCACACCGCAAUCACCCGCACCCAUGUUCAACGGACUGGAUGAUGAUUUGUACAACGAUGCGAAGUUCGCGCACGAGAUUAACGACAAGAUGCGCGUGCCGAAGCGCAUUAAGGCGACGGGCGAGUUCUCCGAUGAGGAUCUGUUGCUGUCGAAUCAGAAUGGGAUGAUCAGUUCGUGGAAUUAUCAUGACAAGAUCGAUAUGAAUGUGCCAGAUCGGAUUGUGGUGCUGGGGCAUAAUCAGCAUUUGGAGACGCGCUCGGCGCCGCGUGAAAUCCAAUUGGAGAACUCCAUAUUACCCAAGAAUCCGUCAAUGGGCUUUCUGCGCGUCCAAACGCCGCCGCGCGUCAUCACACUCACCGAUCAUCAUUUUCCGUCAGCAUCCGAGGAAAGCUCACCACUCAAACCCAAUGGCAAUCUCUAUGGUCACAAUCUGGAUGGCGACAUGUACGACGACGACGACGACGAAGAUGCCCGUGCCACCCAAUAUGUGCGCUCCAAUGGCAACAUACGCAUGGGCUUUCACAACAGCAACGAUGCCAACUCCGUCGAAUCGGACUCGCAGCUCACAACGGGCAGCGCCAGCAAACGCUCCCAGCUGAUGCAGCUGCAGCAGCAGCAGCAGCAGAACAAUUUGGAUGCCUCGAUGCUGGCCCACCGCGAGGGCACGCCCAUGGGCGAAUUGACGCCGCACGAGGAGAUACUGUAUCUGCGUCGUCAGCUGGCCAAACUGAAUCGGCGCGUGCUCAACAUUGAGAUCAAUAACGAGCAGCGAAUGCAGCGCGAGAAGAUUGUCUAUUGCCUGGGACUGGCCUACUUUGUGCUGAAGACCAUCUUUUGGCUGAAUCGCUAGAGAUGGAGCCCGGGCUGCAGCCUGAUGGUGCUUUCCUUCGUUUGUUUUCCCUUUGCUGCAUACACACACGCAACGCUAGCCGGGAAAACUGAGCAGUUUUCAAUGUUUGCUUACAACUUUUAGUAAUUUUUUUUUUUUUUUUUGUUUGUAAAUGGCCACAAGAGAGAGACUUCGUUAGUUUUUUUUGCCAUAUUCGUUUUAAGUUAUGUAAUUAAAUAAGCACAACCUCGAUAUGUUUAUCCGUCGUGGAACCCAAAAAACAAAGCAUCAAUUUAAAUAAUUUUGUCAAUACAUCAAAUCGAAUUAAGUCAAAAUGCUUCUUCUUAUACGCAGAACCUGUACUUGUUGUUUUUGUGAACUGUCGCGACCUUGAACUCUUGUUGGUGUGUGUGUGUGUGUGUACCUUCCGAACCCAUCCAAAGCACGGAACUGAAAUAUUGUUUUAUAUACAUAUAUAUAUAUAUCUAUCGAUUUGUGAAUUAAUCUAAUGGCGCCUAAUUUUUAAAAUCACAUUUCAAAGUUGAUCUGAAUUCUCGUGUGCUUUUUGUUAAAUGUAGUUUUUAGCCCAAACAUUGUUAAACAUAAUCGCAUGGAGUAAUAUUUGAGCCCAACAACAUGAAACUAACGGUAUUUCUAUGCAAUAGAUAAAGAUACAUAACAUAAAACUUAAAA